AUGACAUUGACUUUAUAUUACGAUGAACGUAGUCCACCGGUACGAAGUGUCCUUAUGUUAAUUAAAAUGUUAAAUAUUUCGGUAGAAUUAAAAUCAGUGGAUUUAUUUAAAAGGGAACAGUUGAGACCGGAAUUUUUGGAGCUAAAUCCAGCCCACACAGUUCCUGUUUUGGUCGAUGACGAUCUCACAUUAACCGAUAGCCAUGCUAUUCUAAUUCAUUUAUGUGAAAAGUACCAAACAGAUGAUCAGGAUCUAUGGCCAAGGGAAUAUAAGGAUCGCAUGAAAGUUUUGAAUUUAUUAUUGUUUUCAUGUUCGGUGGUUUUUCGCCGCGAUAGUGAUGUGAUGUCGGACAUUGUUCGCAAAACCUAUCCCAAAAUCGAUUUGGAAUAUCAUCAACGCAAAAUCCAUGAAGUCUAUGAUAUGAUGGAACGUUAUUUGAGCCGAAAUAAAUAUCUUGCCUUGGAUAAAUUGACAAUUGCUGAUCUGUCCGCCGUAACCACAUUGAGUACUGUCGAUCUCAUAUUUCCCAUUGCAGCAACAACGACUGAGACUUCGACAUCACCUAAGUGGCCUUUGCUGGCAUUGUGGUUGCAACGUUUGAAACAAUUACCAGAAUAUGAUAUCAAUUCCCGGGGAUUAAAUAUUUUUCAUGAGGUUCUGAAAGUCUAUGGACGAUUGGAAUGA